CCUACAACUCAUGAAUUAAGAAUUCUCACAGCAACAAGGUCUACUCGAUAAGAAUUAGGAGUUAAUGAAACCUUUCACAGGAAUCUUUCACAAAAUUAUCAACCAAUACAAUAUUAUCAACUAAUCAGAAUUUCAUUAUUAGACCAUGGUAUUUGAUUCACCAAAUACAUCAUUAUUUUAUACUCUUUCAUAUGUAUGGCGCAACCCAAUCCUUGUUUUUCAGGUUUCUAAUCCUUAACUUUUUUGAAUCAAAAUAUCUAAAUAAUAAGAAAUCUCCUCUUGACAGUAAUAUAUGUUGUAUAUGUAAAUCCUAGAUGUGAAAACAUGCGGAACUCGUCUAUGAAUAAAAAAAAAAAAAGAAAAUUAUAAAAUAAUAAGAAUAGCUAGGUGUAAACCGAUAUGCUAAUAUGCUCUAAUAUGCUAAAAUAAGAAAUUUAAGGCCUAUGGGAUAGAAAUAAUGAAUCGUAAAUAGAAUUCAGGUUCGAAUUCCAUAGAUAAUAUGGAGAGUAUUGUCUAUAAUGAUAGACAAAUGAAAGGCCUUCUGAAGCCUUUUUUUUAUUCAUUUACUUGAUAUUUUGAAAAUGAGUUAGUUGAACUUAUCACUCAUUGAAAUUGAAAAUAAGUAAACAAUUGAAUUGGAUUCGUUGGAGGGUACCAACAAAAUUGAGUGCUAACUCCCAUUUCUUAUUGAAUUAAUUAAUCAACUUGCUAUCGAACAUUAAUUUUGAACUCGAAAAUUUUCGAAAAAAAAAAUUUUGACCUAUUUUUUAUUUUUAUUUAUUAUUAUGAGAAUCAAUCCUACUACUUCUGGUCCUGGAGUUUCCGCGCUUGAAAAAAAGAACCUGGGACAUAUCGCUCAAAUCAUUGGCCCAGUGCUAGAUGUAGUUUUUCCCCCGGGCAAGAUGCCUAAUAUUUACAACGCUCUGGUAGUUAAGGGUCGAGAUACUGUCAGUCAACAAAUUAAUGUCACUUGUGAAGUACAGCAAUUAUUAGGAAAUAAUCGAGUUCGAGCUGUAGCUAUGAGUGCUACAGAUGGUCUAAUGAGAGGAAUGGAAGUGAUUGACACGGGAGCUCCCCUAAGUGUUCCAGUAGGCGGGGCGACUCUAGGACGAAUUUUCAACGUGCUUGGAGAACCUGUUGAUGAUUUAGGUCCUGUAGAUACUCAGAUAACAUCCCCUAUUCAUAGAUCUGCGCCUGCCUUUAUACAGUUAGAUACAAAAUUAUCUAUUUUUGAAACAGGAAUUAAAGUCGUAGAUCUUUUAGCCCCUUAUCGCCGUGGAGGAAAAAUCGGACUAUUUGGGGGCGCUGGAGUAGGUAAAACAGUACUAAUUAUGGAAUUAAUCAACAACAUUGCGAAAGCUCAUGGGGGUGUAUCCGUAUUUGGCGGAGUAGGUGAACGUACUCGUGAAGGAAACGAUCUUUACAUGGAAAUGAAAGAAUCCGGAGUAAUUAAUGAAGAAAAUAUUGCAGAAUCUAAAGUGGCUCUAGUUUAUGGUCAGAUGAACGAACCACCGGGAGCUCGUAUGAGAGUUGGUUUGACUGCCCUAACUAUGGCGGAAUAUUUCCGAGAUGUUAAUGAACAAGACGUACUUCUAUUUAUCGACAAUAUCUUUCGUUUCGUCCAAGCAGGAUCCGAAGUAUCCGCCUUAUUGGGUAGAAUGCCCUCUGCUGUGGGUUAUCAACCCACCCUUAGUACCGAAAUGGGUACUUUACAAGAAAGAAUUACUUCUACCAAAGAAGGGUCCAUAACUUCUAUUCAAGCAGUUUAUGUACCUGCGGACGAUUUAACCGACCCUGCUCCUGCCACGACAUUUGCGCAUUUAGAUGCUACUACUGUACUAUCAAGAGGAUUAGCUGCUAAAGGUAUCUAUCCAGCAGUCGACCCUUUAGAUUCAACAUCAACUAUGCUCCAACCUCAGAUCGUUGGCGAGGAACAUUAUGAAACUGCGCAAAGAGUUAAGCAAACUUUACAACGUUACAAAGAACUUCAAGACAUUAUAGCUAUCCUUGGGUUGGACGAAUUAUCCGAAGAGGAUCGCUUAACUGUAGCAAGAGCACGAAAAAUUGAGCGUUUCUUAUCACAACCCUUUUUCGUAGCCGAAGUAUUUACCGGUUCCCCGGGAAAAUAUGUCGGUCUAGCAGAAACAAUUAGAGGGUUUAAAUUGAUCCUUUCCGGAGAAUUAGAUAGUCUUCCUGAGCAGGCCUUUUAUUUGGUAGGUAACAUUGAUGAAGCUACUGCGAAGGCUACGAACUUAGAAAUGGAGAACAACUUGAAGAAAUGAUCUUAAGUCUUUGUGUAUUGACCCCGAAUCGAAUUGUUUGGGAUUCAGAAGUGAAAGAAAUCAUUUUAUCUACUAAUAGUGGGCAAAUUGGUGUAUUACCUAAUCACGCGCCUAUUGCCACAGCCGUUGAUAUCGGUAUUUUGAGAAUACGCCUUAAUGACCAAUGGUUAACGAUGGCUCUGAUGGGCGGUUUUGCUAGAAUAGGCAAUAAUGAGGUUACUGUUUUAGUAAAUGAUGCGGAGAAGGGGAGUGACAUUGAUCCACAAGAAGCUCAGCAAACUCUUGAAAUAGCAGAAGCUAACUUGAGGAAAGCGGAAGGCAAGAGACAAAUAAUCGAGGCAAAUCUAGCUCUCAGACGAGCUAGAGCACGAGUAGAGGCUAUCAAUGUGAUUUCGUAACUAUAACCAGUUGGCGGUGCGCCCGAAUAAUCAAAAGAAAAACUUCUGUAUAAACAUAAGUUCCGUUUAUACAUCUUAUUUUUUUAUUCUGCAAAUUGAAUAGAAUCAUAAAUGGAAUCGGAUUCUAUCUAAUAGAACUACAACGAAAAAUUUUCAAAUUCAAAAAUGAAAUAGAGAAAGAGAAAUAGAAUGGAAUGGAAAAGAUCAAAAAUCAAUAAAAUUAAGGCGGAUAGAAAAACUUAUUAGAUACCAUGGAUUCGGAUAUCUAAUAAGUUAUACCUACUAUUGGAUUUGAACCAAUGACUCCCGCCGUAUGAAAGCAAUACUCUAACCACUGAGUUAAGUAGGUAAUUUAGAAUCAAAAAGAGAAAGAAA